AUCUCAUCGAAAAGCCUCCGCACGCAAUUGGGCGAGCCGAGCGAUCCUUUCGGAGCGCGCAAAAGGCAAUCUUCGAUUUCCUUCUUUCUUCAGCAAGCUUCAGACUGUACUGUCUCUCUCUCUCUCUCUCGGAGCGAGAAAGCAAAGAUCCAGUUCUUGCUCCCCGUUGCCCACGUUGCUUUCAGUUAUCCUCGUCUACACCCUUGGAUCGAUUCUGGUCCUUCUUUCUUCUUUUCCUUUCCCGGUUUGAUCAGGAGGGGCUACCUUUUUCGCUAGACCUCUUUUCUUGAUCGCCUUUUCACGUUGUCUGUGCGAUGGCCACAGAUAUGGAUGUGUACAGUAGCAUGUCAGCUUUCUUGUCAACUGAUCCUUUGAGGGAAGCACUGGAACCUUGUAUUCAUGGUGCUCCCACCUCCUCUUUCUCCUCCACUUCAAGCUCGACCUUCCCCGAGCCUCUCUGCUUUCCUUCUCUCUGCUCUUCUCCUCCUUUCUCCUCUCUGUUUCACCAAAAUCCUAUCUUUUUUCUCUCCUCGCCUUUAUCAUCGAGCGUCCAAAUGGUUCCACAGCACGUCCAAGCUCAGUUCCAGUACCAGCAGCAGCUCAUGGCCGCUUCCUCCGAGCGCCGGAGCCUCAGGAGUGGGAACCUCCUCGCUCCGCACUCUCGGUCGAUGAAGCGUGCUGGGGCGCUGCCGUCGCUUCCGAAGCCUGCGAAGCUCUUCCGCGGUGUCCGGCAGCGCCAUUGGGGCAAAUGGGUCGCGGAAAUCCGCCUCCCCCGCAACCGCACCCGCCUCUGGCUCGGGACCUUCGACACCGCCGAAGAGGCCGCCUUGGCCUACGACAGGGCCGCGUUCAAGCUCCGUGGCGAUGCCGCGAGGCUCAACUUCCCGGAGCUGCGGCCCGAUGGGGCUCACGUGGGACUGCCCCUGCAUUCCUCCGUGGACGCCAAGCUCCAGGCCAUCUGUGAAACCCUGAAGAUUUCGCGGAAACAGGGGAGUACUUCACCCAGCUCGGUGAUCAGGUACCAAGCCGGCACGAACGAUGAACUCGGUGACUCGGGGUUGGAGGAUAUAAAGUCCGAGAGCUCACUGUCGUUGGAGGAGGAUGAGUCGUCCUCAGGGUCAUCGGCUGCAUCCGCGAUCCAGUACUUGGACUUCUCUGAGGCACCAUGGGAUGAAUCAGAGAGCUUCGUGCUGCACAAGUAUCCAUCAUGGGAGAUCAAUUGGGAUUCCAUUCUCUCCUCAUAUUAGUAGUCUAACAGUAUGCAAUCUUAUGAUAGAUUUGGUGUAGUUUCUGGUUUGGGGGGUUGGCUUGGUUGCUGCAAAUGGCGUAUUGGACAUUUGCUGGCAAUUGCUGUAUCAUUUGUGUCCUUCCAGCACUAGCAAUUGAAUCUUUGUAUGUAGUUCAAUUUCCUAGUUUUGCUGAUUUUUUUUUCUAUGCUCUACCAGGUUGUAGGUUGGGUUCUUCCCAAAUCUCAUGUGUAGCUUUCUAAUUACUAAUUUUGUGUGUAUGGAUGUGCAUUUUGUGAGUUA